ACCAUCUUCACCACUACAACCCCAGCAAGCAAAGGCAUUACAAAAAGCCUCUCUCUCUCUCUCUCUCUAAGUCAGUUGCUCAUUUCAAUGGCAAAUCCAGUGAUUGAUUUCUCGAAACUCAAUGGAGAAGAGAGGGCCAAGACAAUGGCUCAGAUCGCUAACGGGUGCGAAGAAUGGGGAUUCUUUCAGUUGGUGAACCAUGGGAUACCAGAGGAGCUCCUUGAGAGGGUGAAGAAAGUGUGCUCUGAAUGCUUUGAGAAAGAUAGAGAAGAAGGUUUCAAGAACUCAGAACCAGUGAAGAUGUUGAAUGAUUUGAUGGACAAGAAGAGUGGCGACAAGUUGGAGAAUGUGGAUUGGGAGGAUGUUUUCCUCCUCUCUGAUGAUAAGGAGUGGCCAAUACUAAAGACUCCGCGAUUCAAGGAAACGAUGACAGAAUACCGAUCUGAGUUGAGGAAACUGGGCGAGAAAGUGAUGGAAGCCAUGGAUGAGAACUUGGGCUUGCCAAAGGGAUACAUCAAGAAAGCAUUCAACGGUGGAGAUGGUGAAAAAGCCUUCUUUGGCACCAAGGUCAGCCAUUACCCACCAUGUCCUCAUCCCGACAAGGUGAUCGGACUUCGGGCCCACACCGAUGCCGGAGGUGUCAUCUUACUCUAUCAAGACGACAAAGUUGGAGGACUUCAGAUCCUCAAAGAUGGACAAUGGAUUGAUGUCCAACCAAUGCCCAAUUCCAUUGUCAUCAACACUGGUGACCAGAUCGAGGUGUUGAGCAAUGGGAGGUACAAGAGUGUUUGGCACAGGGUUUUGACCAAACUGGAUGGGAACAGAAGGUCGAUUGCUUCGUUCUACAAUCCGUCGCUCGACGCAACCAUAGCUCCUGCAAAAGAACUAGUUAUGGAAAAGGUGAACCAUGAAGAGGAUGAAGAAGUUGCUUAUCCUAAGUAUGUGUUUGGGGACUACAUGUCAGUCUAUGCUGAGCAGAAGUUCCUUCCUAAGGAACCAAGGUUCCUUGCUGUGAAGGCCGUGUGAUUAUGUGAUUGAUAUAUCAUCAAGAAUGGAUAUUGAGCUGCUAUAUAUAGCUUAUCAUGAGCUAGCUUAAAGCUUAAGUGGUUAGGACUUUGUGUGUUGUUUUGAGUGCUUUUAAUUGAACUUCUUGUUGAGGUUUGCUUUGUACAUUAGCACAUGUAAACUGUACUUCUCAUCAUUUCCUUGAAUGGAAGUGAAAAUGGAAAAGAAGUGAAAGUAUUACGGUACUUCCUUCUAAAAUUUACUGUUUAAUUGUGUUUUCGUUUUC